AUGGGAUCGCUGACGAACGAAGAGCAAUGCCAAACUGUUGUGUCUGUGGUCGGGAUGGGAGGAUCGGGGAAGACAACUCUAGUUGCAAGGACUUUCAAAGAUGAAAUUGUAAAGAGACAUUUCGAAUGCUAUGCGUGGAUUACUGUUUCCCAGUCUUAUGUGAUUGAAGACUUACUUAGAAGAUUGAUCAAAGAAUUCCACAAAGCAAAGAAGGAAGAGGUCCCUGCAGACAUGAAUGCCAUGAGUUAUAACGAAUUGCUGGAGAUUUUGGUGAACUACUUGGAGACUAAAACGUACCUAGUUGUAUUGGAUAAUGUGUGGGAUGUCCACCUUUGGGAGAAAAUAAGGUUUUCAUUUCUAGAUAAACAACUUGGAAGUCGAGUCAUGCUUACAACUCGAAGAGAAGACAUAGCAUCCUCUUCUUUUGGAGUUGAAAGCCGUGUUCACAAGAUUCAACCGCUGGAAAAAGGUGAUGCUUGGGAGCUCUUCAGGAUGAAAGCAUUCUCUGUUAGUGUUUGA